AUGGCGAAGCGCGGCGCGCGGCGGAGCGCGGGGCGCGGACUCCCCGCGCCGCUGCGGCUGCUGGCGGCGCUGGCGCUGCUGGGCGCGGCGCGGGCGCGGGCCGCGGCGGGCGGCGGCUUCAGCCUGCACCCGCCCUACUUCAACCUGGCGGAGGGCGCCCGCAUCGCCGCCUCCGCGACCUGCGGCGAGGAGGCCCGCGCGCGCGGCGCCCCGCGCCCCACCGAGGACCUCUACUGCAAGCUGGUGGGGGGCCCCGUGGCCGGCGGGGACCCCAACCAGACCAUCCAGGGCCAGUACUGUGACAUCUGCACUGCGGCCAACAGUAACAAGGCGCACCCUGUGAGCAAUGCGGUGGACGGCACCGAGCGCUGGUGGCAGAGCCCUCCACUGUCCCGGGGCCUGGAGUACAAUGAGGUCAACGUCACCCUGGACCUGGGCCAGGUUUUCCAUGUCGCCUAUGUGCUCAUCAAGUUUGCCAACUCUCCUCGGCCAGACCUCUGGGUGCUGGAGCGGUCCACGGACUUCGGCCACACCUACCAGCCGUGGCAGUUCUUUGCCUCCUCCAAAAGGGACUGUCUGGAGCGGUUUGGGCCUCACACCCUGGAGCGGAUCAUGCGGGACGACGACGUCAUCUGCACCACCGAGUACUCGCGCAUAGUACCCCUGGAGAAUGGCGAGAUUGUGGUGUCCCUGGUGAAUGGACGCCCGGGGGCCAUGAACUUCUCCUACUCACCCCUGCUUCGAGACUUCACCAAAGCCACCAAUAUCCGGCUGCGCUUCCUGCGCACCAACACGCUGCUGGGCCACCUCAUGGGCAAGGCUCUGCGGGACCCCACUGUCACCCGCCGGUACUAUUACAGCAUCAAGGACAUCAGCAUUGGUGGCCGCUGCGUCUGCCACGGCCAUGCAGACGUCUGCGAUGCUAAAGACCCCUCCCACCCUUUCAGGCUGCAGUGCGCUUGCCAGCACAACACGUGCGGGGGCUCCUGUGACCGCUGCUGCCCCGGCUUCAACCAGCAGCGGUGGAAGCCGGCCACCACCGACAGUGCCAACGAGUGCCAGCCCUGUAACUGCCACGGCCAUGCCCACGACUGCUACUACGACCCCGAAGUGGACCAGCGCAACGCCAGCCAGAACCAGGACAGUGUGUACCAGGGUGGGGGCGUGUGCAUCAACUGCCAGCAUCACACCACCGGCAUCAACUGCGAGCGUUGCCUGCCCGGCUUCUACCGCGCGCCAGACCACCCACUCGACUCUCCCCACGCCUGCCGCCGCUGCAGCUGCGAGUCAGACUUCACGGAUGGCACGUGCGAAGACCUGACGGGCCGCUGCUACUGCCGGCCAAACUACACAGGGGCGCAGUGCCACGAGUGCGCCGAGGGCUUCGCCGGCUUCCCGCACUGCUACCCUGUGCCCACAUUCUCCCUCAACACUACCGGGGAGCAGGUGCUGCCGGCUGGACAGAUCGUGAACUGUGACUGCAGCGCCGCAGGGACUGUGGGCAAUGCCUGCCGGAAGGACCCGCACCUGGGCCGCUGCGUGUGCAAGCCCAACUUCCAGGGUGCCCACUGUGAGCUCUGCAGGCCUGGGUUCUACGGCCCUGGCUGCCAGCCCUGCCAGUGCUCCAGCCCUGGGGUGGACAGUGGCAUCUGCGACCCGGACUCAGGCCAGUGCCAGUGCCGAGGGGGCUUCGAGGGGGCUGAGUGCAACCGCUGCGCCCCUGGCUACUUCCACUUCCCCCUCUGCCAGCUGUGUGGCUGCAGCCCUGCGGGGACCCUGCCCGGAGGCUGCGACGAGGAGGGCCGCUGCCCCUGCCGGCCCGGGUUCGAGGGCCCACACUGCGAUCGCUGUCGCCCUGACCACCACGGUUACCCCAACUGCCGCGCCUGUGCCUGCGACCCCCGGGGAGCCCUGGACCAGCUCUGUGGAGCAGGUGGCUCCUGCCGCUGCCGUCCUGGCUACAUGGGCUCCGCCUGCCAUGAAUGCAGCCCCGGCUUCCACGGCUUCCCUGCCUGCGUCCCCUGCCACUGCUCCGCCGAGGGCUCCUUGGACACAGCCUGUGACCCCCAGAGCGGGCAGUGUAGCUGCCGGCCCCGUGUGACGGGGCUGCGCUGUGAUGCGUGUGUGCCUGGCACCUACGACUUUCCCCACUGCGAAGCUGGACCCUGUCACCCCGCAGGCCAGGCCCCAGCCAGCCCUUCGCUUCCUGAGGCCCCCUGCACGUGCCGGACUCACGUGGAGGGGCCAAGCUGCGACCGCUGCAAACCUGGGUACUGGGGGCUGAGCUCCAGCAACCCCGAGGGCUGUACCCGAUGCAGCUGCGACCCCAGGGGCACGCUGGGAGGAGUGAAGGGGUGCCGGCCGGGCAGCGGCCAUUGCUUCUGCAAGGCCCAUGUGUGUGGGCAGACUUGUUCCGCGUGCAAGGACGGCUUCUUCGGGCUGGACCAGGCUGACUACUUUGGCUGCCGCAGCUGCCAGUGCGAUGUUGGUGGUGCUCUGGGCCAGGGCUGUGAACCAAAGACGGGGGCCUGCCGGUGCCGGCCCCACACACAGGGCCUCACCUGCAGCGAGCCGGCAAAGAACCACUACCUGCCCAGCCUGCACCACCUGCGGCUGGAGCUGGAGGAGGCGACCACGCCCGCAGGCCACGCCGUGCGCUUUGGCUUCAACCCCCUGGAAUUCGAGAACUUCAGUUGGAGGGGCUUUGCCCACAUGUCUCCCAUCCAGCCCAGGAUUGUGGCCAGGCUGAACGUGACCUCUCCUGACCUCUUUCGCCUGGUCUUCCGCUAUGUGAACCGGGGGCCCACCAGCGUGAGCGGGCGGGUCUCCAUGCACGAGGAGGCCAAGCUUGUCGCCUGUGUCAACUGCACGGAGCAGAGCCAGCCGGUGACCUUUCUGCCCAGCACUGAGCCUGCCUUUGUCACUGUGCCCCAGAGGGGCUUUGGGGAGCCCUUUGUACUAAACCCUGGCAUCUGGGCCCUUCUUGUGGAGGCGGAAGGGGUGCUCCUGGACUACGUGGUCCUGCUGCCCAGCGCUUACUAUGAGGCGGCGCUCCUGCAGCUCCGAGUGACCGAGGCCUGCACCUACAGGCCGUCUGCACAGAACUCCCAGGAAAACUGCCUUCUCUACACCCAUCUCCCGCUGGACGGCUUUCCCUCGGCAUCCGGGCUCGAGGCCCUGUGUCGCCAUGACAACAGCUUGCCCCGGCCCUGCCCCACAGAGCAGCUCAGCCCUUCGCACCCACCUCUGGCUGCCUGCUUGGGCAUCGACGUGGACGUCCAGCUUCAGGUGAUGGUGUCUCGGCCGGGCCGCUAUGCCUUGGUGGUGGAAUACGCCAACGAAGGUCCUGACCAGGAGGUGGGCGUGGCUGUACACACACCCCAGCGGGCCCCCCAGCAGGGGGCGCUCACCCUACACCCCUGCCCGUACAGCGCCCUGUGCCGAGGCCCCACCCUGGACUCACAGCACCACCUGGCCACCUUCCACGUGGACUCGGAGGCCAGCAUCCGGCUCACCUCUCUGCAGGCGCGUUUCUUCCUGCACGGCGUCACCCUGGUGCCUGUGGAGGAGUUCAGCACGGAGUUCGUGGAGCCCCGUGUCCACUGUGUGAGCAGCCACGGCGCCUUCGGGCUCAGCAGGGCUGCCUGCGCGCCCUCGCGCUUCCCGAAGCCGCCACAGCCCAUUGUGCUGAGGGACUGCCAGGUGCUGCCGCUCCCUCCGGACCUCCCUCUGACCCGCUCCCAGGAGCUUGCCCCCGGAGCUGCCCCUCCCGGGCCCCAGCCUCGCCCCCCCACCGCGGUGGACCCCGACAUCGAGCCCACCCUGCUGCGCCACCCCCAGGGCACCGUGGUCUUCACCACCCAGGUCCCCACCCUGGGCCGCUACGCCUUCCUGCUGCACGGGUACCAGCCGGCCCACCCCACCUUCUCCGUGGAGGUCCUGAUCCAUGGAGGCCGGGUCUGGCAGGGCUAUGCCAACGCCAGCUUCUGCCCGCAUGGGUAUGGGUGCCGCACGCUGGUGUCGUGUGAGGGCCGGACUGUGCUGGACGUGACAGACAGCGAGCUCACGGUGACCGUGCGGGUGCCCGAGGGCCGGUGGCUCUGGCUGGACUACGUGUUGGUGGUCCCCGAGGACGUCUAUGGCCCCAGCUACCUCAGGGAGGAGCCCCUGGACAAGUCCUAUGACUUCAUCAGCCACUGUGCCGCCCAUGGCUAUCACAUCAGCCCCAGCAGCUCCACCCCAUUCUGCCGGCAGGCCGCCGCCUCCCUCUCUCUCUUCUACAAUAACGGUGCUCGGCCCUGUGGCUGCCACGAGGUGGGUGCCACGGGCCCCACUUGUGAGCCCUUUGGGGGCCAGUGUCCCUGCCGGGCCCACGUCAUCGGCCGUGACUGCUCUCGCUGUGCUACAGGCUACUGGGGCUUCCCCAACUGCAGGCCCUGUGACUGUGGGGCCCGCCUGUGCGACGAGCUCACGGGCCGAUGCAUCUGCCCGCCGCGCACCGUGCCCCCCGACUGCCUGGUCUGCCAGCCCCAGACCUUCGGCUGCCACCCCCUGGUUGGCUGUGAGGAGUGCAACUGCUCCGGGCCUGGCGUGCAGGAGCUGACUGACCCGACCUGUGACACGGACAGCGGCCAGUGCAAGUGCCGGCCCAACGUGUCCGGGCGCCGCUGUGACAGCUGCGCGCCGGGCUUCUACGGGUACCCCAGCUGCCGGCCCUGUGACUGCCACGGGGCGGGCACGGCGCCCAGCGUGUGUGACGCCCUCACAGGCCAGUGCCACUGCAAGGAGAACGUGCAGGGCCCGAGGUGUGACCAGUGUCGAGUGGGGGCCUUCUCCCUCGAUGCCUCCAACCCCAAGGGCUGCACCCGCUGCUUCUGCUUUGGGGCCACCGAGCACUGCCGGAGCUCCGCCCACGCCCGCCGCGAGUUCACGGACAUGGAGGGCUGGACGCUGCUGAGCAGUGACCGGCAGGUGGUCCCCCAUGAGCGUCGGGAAGGGACGUGGCUCUACGCAGACCUGCGGCAUGUGGUCGACAGCAGCCCGGAGCUGUACUGGCAGGCGCCCCCUUCCUACCUUGGAGAUCGGGUGUCGUCCUACGGAGGGACUCUCCGCUACGAGCUGCACUCAGAGACCCAGCGGGGAGAUGUCUUCUUCCCGACUGAGAGCAGGCCGGGUGUGGUACUGCAGGGCAACCAGAUGAGCAUCACAUACCUAGAGCCGUCCUACCCCGCGCCUGGCCAUGUUCAUCAUGGGCAGCUGCAGCUGGUGGAGGGGAACUUCCGGCACAUGGAGACCCACAACGCUGUGUCCCGGGAGGAACUCAUGAUGGUCCUGGCCAGCCUGGAGCAGCUGCAGAUCCGGGCCCUCUUGGCCAACUCGGUCUCCCUGCGUAGGGUGGUACUGGAGGUAGCUGGUGAGAUGGGCAUGGGGCCUCCAGCCAGCAACGUGGAGGUGUGCAUGUGUCCUGCCAACUACCGCGGCGACUCGUGCCAGGAAUGCGCCCCUGGCUACUUCCGUGACACCAAAGGACCCUUCCUGGGCCGCUGUGUCCCUUGUCAGUGCCACGGCCACUCAGACCGCUGCCUCCCCGGCUCUGGCAUCUGUGUGGGCUGCCAGCACAACACCGAGGGCGACCACUGCGAGCGCUGCCGGGCCGGCUUUGUGAGCGGUGGGGCCGGGGACCCCACGGCCCCCUGUGCCAGCUGUCCCUGCCCGCUCGCAGUGCCUUCCAACAACUUCGCGGAGGCCUGUGUGCUGCGAGGAGGGCAUGCCCAGUGCCUGUGCAAGCCUGGCUACGCCGGGGCCUCCUGCGAGCGCUGCGCACCUGGCUUCUUCGGGAACCCUCUGGUGCUGGGCAGCUCCUGCCAGCCCUGCGACUGCAGCGGCAACGGGGACCCCAACCUGCUCUUCAGUGACUGCGACCCCCUGACCGGCGCCUGCCGCAGCUGCCUACGCCAUACCACCGGGCCCCGCUGUGAGGCGUGCGCCCCCGGCUUCUACGGGAACGCCCUGCUCCCCGGCAACUGCACGCGGUGCGACUGCUCCCUGUGCGGGACGGAGGCCUGCGACCCCCAGACCGGGCGCUGCGUGUGCAAGGCGGGUGUGGCCGGGACACGCUGCGACCGCUGUCAGGAAGGACACUUUGGCUUCGAGCUCUGUCAGGGCUGCCGCCCCUGUGCCUGUGGACCGGCCGCUGAAGGCCCGCAGUGCCACCCCCAGAGCGGGCAGUGCCGAUGCCGACCUGGGACCAUGGGACCCCAGUGCCGCGAGUGUGCCCCUGGCCACUGGGGGCUCCCGGAGCACGGCUGCAGGCGCUGCCAGUGCCCGGGAGGCCAUUGUGACCCGCGCACCGGCCGCUGCACGUGCCCCCCGGGGCUGGGAGGGGACCGCUGCGAUGUGUGUAGCCAACAGCACCAGGUGCCCGUGCCAGGCGGGCCUGGAGGCCACGGCAUCCACUGCGAAGUGUGUGACCACUGUGUGGUCCUGCUUCUGGACGACCUGGAGCGGGCUGGCGCCAUCCUCCCCGCCAUUCGAGAGCAGCUCCGCAGCCUCAACACCAGCUCGGCGGCCUGGGCGCGGCUGCACAGGCUGAACGACUCCAUCACCGACCUGAAGACCCAGCUCCGGGGUCCACCAGAUCCCCGUCACGAGGCGGUGCAGCGGCUGCAGACUCUGGAGCGACAGAGCACAAGCCUUGUGCAGGACGCACAGCAGCUGGACAGCCAGGCCGCUGGAGCCCGAGACCAGGCAGGUCGACUGCUGGACAGCACCGAGGUCACACGGGGUCGGGCCCAGACGCUGCUGGAGACGAUCCGGGCUGUGGACCGUGCCCUGAGCGAGCUCGCAGCCCAGAUGGGCCAUCUGACGCCAGCUAACGCCUCGGCCCCCUCGGGAGAGACGCUGAGCUGGACGCUGGCGCAAGUGGAGCGUCUGCUCCAGGAGAUGCGGGCGCGGAGCCUGGGGGGCCCCCGGGCAGUGGCCGAGGCCGAGCUGGCCGAGGCCCAGACACUGCUAAUGCACGUGCAGGAGCACCUGGCUGGCCGCUGGGGGGAAAACCAGGAACUGUCCACGGAAAUCCAUGACCAGCUGGCCCAGUAUGAGGCUGACCUUAUGGACCUUCGCGAGGCCCUGAACCGGGCGGUGGACACCACGCGGGAGGCCGAGGAGCUCAACAGCCGCAACCAGGAGCAGCUGGAGGAAGCCCUGCAACGGAAGCAGGAGCUGUCACGGGACAACGCAACGGUGAUGGCUGCCCUGCAGGCCGCCCAGCAGACCCUGAACCAUGUUGUGGAGCUUCUGCAUGGCGUGGAUAUAGCCAAGGAGGAGUUGGAGCGCCUGGCGGCCAGCCUCGACGGCGCACGCGCACCCCUGCUGCAGAAGAUGCAGCUCUUCUCCCCAGCCGGCAGCAAGCUAGGUCUGGUGGAGGCCGCUGAGGCCCACGCCCGGCAGCUGGACCAGCUGGCACUCAACUUGUCUAGCAUCAUCCGGGGCAUCAACCAGGACCGCUUCAUCCAGAGGGCUGUGGAGGCCUCCAACGCCUAUAGCAGCAUCCUGCAGGCUGUGCAGGCUGCGGAGCGCGCAGCCGGCCAGGCCCAGCGGCAGGCGGCUCACACAUGGGAGCUGGUGGUCCGGAAGGGCCUGGCAGACCGAGCCCAGCGACUGCUGGCCAACAGCAGUGCGCUGGAGGUGGCCAUCCGGGGGCAACGGCGGCGGUUAGACCUCGCGCGGGUCGCCCUGCAGGGUGCUGGCACCCAGAUCCGGGACAUGCGUGCACAGAAGGACGAGCUGGCAGCUCGGGUCCGGGAGGCCCAGGCCAUGCUGGCCAUGGACACAGACGAGACAAGCGAGAAGAUCGCCCACGCCAAGGCAGUGGCUGCCCAGGCCCAGGACACGGCCUCCCGCGUGCAGUCCCGGCUCCAGGACAUGCAGAAGAACCUAGAGGACUGGCAAGGCCGGUUUGGGGGGCUGCGCGGCCGGGACCUGGGCCAGGUGGUACUUGACGCGGGCCGCUCAGCGUCCACCCUGGAGAAGACCCUGCCACAGCUGCUGGCCAAGCUGAGUCUCCUGGAGAACCGCGGGGUGCACAACACCAGCCUGGCCCUGUCCGCCAGCAUCGGCCGCGUGCGGGCGCUCAUUGCUCAGGCCCGGGGUGCUGCCAGCAAGGUCAAGGUAUCCAUGAAGUUCAAUGGGCGCUCAGGGGUGCAGCUACGCACCCCACGGGACCUCUCUGACCUGGCUGCCUACACCGCCCUCAAGUUCUACCUGCAGAGCCCCACACCUGCACCCGCGCCUGGAGAGAACACUGGAGACCACUUCGUGCUCUACAUGGGCAGCCGCGAGGCCAAUGGGGAUUACCUGGGCGUGUCUCUGCGCAACCAGAAGGUGCACUGGGUGUUCCGGCUGGGGGAGGCCGGGCCCGCCACCCUCAGCAUCGAUCAAGACAUUGGGGAGCAGUUUGCAGCCAUCAGCAUGGACAGGACCCUCCAGUUUGGCCACAUGUCCAUCACAGUGGAGAAUCAGGUGAUCCAGGAGAUCAAGGGAGACACUGUGGCCCCCGGCAUAGAGGGCUUACUCAACCUGCGGCCCGACGACUUCGUGUUCUACGUGGGAGGUUAUCCCGACAACUUCACGCCACCCCCACCACUCCGUUUCCCCGGCUACCGCGGCUGCAUUGAGAUGGAGUCGCUGAACCAGGAGGUGCUGAGCCUCUACAACUUCCAGAGGACCUUCAGACUCAACACGGCCGUGGACAAGCCCUGUGCUCGCUACAAGUCCACCGGGGACCCCUGGCUCACCGAUGGCUCCUACUUUGAUGGCACUGGCUUCGCCCGCAUCACCUUCGAGAAACAGUUCAGCAACACAAAGCGCUUCGAGCAGGAGCUGCGGCUCGUGUCCGUCGACGGGAUCAUCUUCUUCCUGAGGCACCAGAGCCAGUUCCUAUGCCUGGCCGUGCAGCAAGGCAGCCUGGUGCUCUUCUAUGACUUCGGCACAGGCCUGAAUGAAGCAACUCCGCUGCACCCCGGGCCGCCCAUGACCGCGGCCAGCAAGGCGAUCCAGGUGUUCCUUCUGGCCACCAAUCGCAAGCGUGUGCUGGUACGCGUGGAGCGGCUCACAGUGUUCAGUGUGGAGCUGGACAACAAGCUGGAGCUGGCCGACACCUACUUCCUGGGUGGCGUGCCCCCCGAGCAGCUGCCCCUGAGCCUGCAGCCGCUCUUCCCCUCUGGGGGCUCCAUCCGAGGCUGUAUGAAGGGGAUCAAAGCGCUGGGCAAGUAUGUGGACCUCAAGAGGCUCAACACCACCGGCAUCAGCUUCGGCUGCACCGCCGACCUGCUGGUGGAGCGCAUCAUGACUUUCCACGGCCACGGCUUCCUGACCCUGGGCCUCCCCAGUGUGGCGCCCCUCACCAGCCCUGUCUACUCUGGCUUUGGCUUCCGCAGCACCCAGGAAAAUGGUCUGCUGUACCACCGCGCAUCCCCGGAUGGGCUAUGCCAGGUGUCCUUGAAGCAGGGCCAGGUGACACUCCUGCUUAUGAAGACAGAGGUGAAAACCCGACGGGUCUUUGCAGAUGGGGUCCCACACUACGUGGCCUUCUACAGCAAUGCGACCGGGGUCUGGCUCUACGUAGAUGACCAGCUGCAGCAAAUGAAGCCUCACCGGGUGCCUCCUGCUGGGCUGCCGCCCGACCCACAGGGAGCCCGCCUGCUGCUGGGAGGCCUGGAUGAGCCCGGCCCCUCGCACAGAUUCAGCGGCUGCAUCAGCAAUGUCUUUGUACAGCGACUCCAGGGCCCACAGCGCGUGUUCAACCUGCAGCAGAAUCUGGGCAGUGCCAACGUGAGCACAGGCUGCACCCCAGCGCCAGAGACACAGGCUGCGGGCCACCGCCGACCCCAGGGGCUGCGGGUCUCUGCUCGGAAGACCUCACGACGCAGACGCCAGCCCCGGCAGGACUCUGCCUGCCCCGCAUUCCACCCCAGCACCACCCCAGACGCCUACCAGUUUGGAGGGUCCCUGCUCAAUCACCUGGAGUUUUCAGGCAUUUCGAGCUCCCAUGGGAACGGGUCCCACUUCUCCAUGCUCGUCUACCCCCGUGCCUCCUACGGCCUCCUCCUCUACGCCGCCCCCCAGACCCACAGCCCCGCCCUGGUGCUUUACUUGAAUCGUGGUCACUUCACUGUGCAGACCGAAGGCCCUGGGCCUGGGCUCCACGCCAGGAGCCAGCAGCGUUCCCGGUCCGGCCAGUGGCACAUGGUGUCCGUGCACUGGGAGCAGAAUAAAAUCCAGCUGCUGACCUACGGGGUCCCGGCGGUGAGCCAGGGGCCCUCGCACAGCGGGAUGCAGCGGGCAGACGGCCUGCAGCCUCUCACCCUCUUUGUGGGCGGCCUCCCCCCCAGCCGCCGUGCUGUCAAGCUCCCGGUGUCCGUGGGGUUUAGUGGCUGUGUGAAAAGACUGCAGCUGGACAAGCAGCCCCUGGGGCCCCCCACACGAUCGGUGGGGGUCACACCCUGCACCCCAGGACCGCUGGAGCCAGCCCUCGUCUUCUCAGGCAGAGGGGGAGUCAUCACUCUAGAGCCUCCCAAGGCCACGCUGACUCAGGUGGAGCUGGAGCUGGAGGUGCGGCCCCUGCUGGCCUCGGGCCUGGUCUUCCACCUGGGCCGGGGCCAGGCGCCCCCCUACCUGCAGCUGCAGGUGUCUAAGGAACAGGUCCUGCUGCGGGCAGACGACGGGGCAGGCGAGUUCUCCACGUGGGUGAAGCACCCCGAGGCCCUGUGUGAUGGGCGGUGGCACAGGCUGGCAGCCAUCAAGAGCCAGAAUGCGCUGUGUCUGGAGGUGGACAGAGCGAGCAACCACACCGUGGGCCCCUCACCAGCGGCCUUGGCUGGGGCCCCUGCACCUCUGCACCUUGGGGGCCUGCCCGAGUCCACAGCCGCAGAGGGGACUCCCCGGGCCUACCAAGGCUGCAUAAGGAAGCUGGUGGUGAACCACUCUCCCAUCGCCUGGACCACGGUCACGGAGCUGCAGGGGGAAGCAGGGGUCAGCGGCUGCCCAGUCACAUAGUGCAGCUGCCCCUGUGGAGCCCUGGCUCUGGGCUGGCUUCCCCUGGGCGGCCAGGCCCCCGCGGGCUGGGUGUCACCGAGGUUUGUGGGUAUUUAUGUAGACUAGUUCCAAGGGUGACCGCUCUCAUUUCUGGAGUUUUACCUUUUCCAAUCUAAAGGCAAGACACUAAAAGGGGUUUAUACUUUGUACCUUCUCUGAGAUCUGAAAGUUCACUGGUUUCUUCUCAAAACAAAAAUUAAAAGUAAUUUGCUUAA